AACCUCCUCGAGAGCUGUUAGCCUAUUCCUGAGCCAGGAGACUUUGUGAGAACGAGGCGCUUUUGUCCCAACCCCAACCUUGUUCUUGUCCACCAGCUGAGGAGGUUUCUUAACUUGGAAGAGAAAUGGAUGAUGAACCAGAGAGAACCAAACGGUGGGAAGGGGGUUAUGAAAGAACUUGGGAAGUUCUUAAAGAAGAUGAAUCUGGAUCAUUGAAAGCCAGCAUAGAGGAUAUUCUUUUUAAGGCCAAAAGAAAAAGAAUCUUUGAGCAUCAUGGGCAAGUUCGACUUGGGAUGAUGCGUCACCUAUAUGUAGUGGUUGAUGGAUCAAGAACAAUGGAAGACCAAGAUCUAAAACCUACCAGGCUAACUUGUACCCUAAAGUUACUAGAAUAUUUUGUUGAAGAAUAUUUUGACCAAAAUCCGAUUAGUCAGGUUGGCAUUAUUGUGACUAAGGGCAAAAGAGCUGAAAAACUUACUGAGCUUUCAGGGAAUCCAAGAAAACACACAGCUGCUUUGAAAAAAGCUGUAGAUAUGUCUUGUCUAGGAGAGCCAUCUUUAUAUAAUGCCUUAAAUUUGGCCGCACAAACAUUAAAGCAUAUGCCAGGGCAUACAAGCAGAGAAGUCUUAGUAAUAUUCAGCAGUCUGACCACAUGUGAUCCUUCCAAUAUUUAUGAUCUAAUUAAGAGUUUAAAGGCAGUUAAGAUCAGAGUGUCUAUUAUUGGCCUUUCUGCUGAAGUUCGAGUUUGCACUGUACUUGCCCGGGAAACUGGUGGAACCUAUCAUGUCAUUUUAGAUGAAGGCCAUUAUAGGGAACUUCUGAUGCACCAUGUCAGUCCACCACCAGCUAGUUCAAGUUCUGAAAGCUCGCUUAUUCGUAUGGGCUUUCCUCAGCACACCAUUGCAUCUUUGACUGAUCAGGACGCAAAGCCAUCUUUUAGCAUGGCGCAGCUAGAAAACAGCAAUGAUCCAGGUCUUACCCUGGGAGGAUAUUUCUGCCCCCAAUGUAGAGCCAAAUACUGUGAGCUUCCUGUGGAGUGCAAAGUUUGUGGUCUUACACUAGUAUCAGCACCCCAUCUGGCUCGAUCUUACCAUCACCUAUUUCCUUUGGAUGCCUUUCAGGAAGUCCCACUGGAACAGUAUAUAGGAGAACGCUAUUGCCAAGGAUGCCAAGGACAAAUUACAGAUCAGCAUGUCUAUAUAUGUAAAGUCUGCCAGUGUGCGUUUUGUGUAGAAUGUGAUCUUUUUGCUCAUGAUACUCUGCACUGCUGUCCAGGUUGCAUUCACAAGCAUCCUGCCCCUCCUUGUGUGUGAUACUACCUAAUGAUCAACAUUGUUGGUUGCUUUUCUGUGAGUAAAAAAUUCAACUUGACUGUUCAGUGAAGGUCUUCAGCAAAAUAGCUUAAGAUGAGGAAGAGCACCUUACUGAAUGCUUAUGUAAAUAUUACUAUUUUCACACUGAGUUUGAAUAUACAUUUGUGUUCAGUUAUUUCUGUGUGGAACUAGUUAUUGAAACUUUUUCUUCUUCUGAACUAAUCUGAAUAGUGUGCAAGUCUGUACCUCUGAAACUGUUGAAAUGGAUAUGUGUCCUAAAUUAAUGGCUCUUGCUUUCAUUUUAAGUAAUAAUCAGCACAAUAGGCUACAAGCCACAAAGCACAGUCAUGGAGAUGCAAGUUUAAUGUAAGUCAUUAGGACUUAAAAUCUAGGAUGCAAAAUCCCUGGUGUGAUGGUCAUUCUGGACCAUCUCAUGAUAAGAGCUGCUUCUCUGUGUCGGCAAAGGUUGAGAGUGAUGUCAGGCAAUCUCCGUUUCAAUAAACAGUGUGCUGCGUGUUUUGUUUUUACUAUAAUAAUGAUUACAGAUGGAAGAGUCAUUUUAAGUUCAAUUGCACUUCAGCUUCCACAGGCAAGAGAUAGAACUGUACCACACAAAGUUAAAAAAGAAAAAAGGUAAAGUUAUGUCCAGUGAAAGGCGACUAUGGGGUGCACUCUUCAGUAGAAGACAUCUAUAAAGCACCUUCUAAUGGAAAGAUGGUAGAGGGAAGUGCUAUGAUCUAAAUCAGUAGGAUUAUGAAAUGAAUUUUUUAAAACUUCUCUUAGACGCAUCCUUUAAGAAAAAAUCAGGCACAUGACCAUGGACCAAAGGAGUGGCUGAGAGACCUCUAUUGCCUUGCUGCCAUGGGAUUUUGAAGUGGAAAACUUAACUUUCACAUAUGUCAGAUCCCUGACUUUUGUGUUCCACUUGUUCCAUUAGGCAUACUCCCUUCUUUCUUUUCAGUAUGAGUCUGGCAAACUGCUGCUCUCACUCUCUAAGCUCUGGGUAGUUAGGGACUCUUACUCUUCAAAACUAAGGUGGGUGACCAUAUUAAAUUGUAUUUGCUGCCUGCAUAGUUGUAACAUCGUUCUCUAAAGCUUUCCACUUGUACUGCUCAUCUUUCAUUUCUGAAUAAUAAACCAAUCAUUUCUACUUUA